CAUUCAUUCAUUAAACGAAAAUAAUUUGUUUGUUUUUUUUGGUUUAUCAACGAUUUUUUUAUUCAUUCAUUCAUUUACUUACAAAGUAAAUUCCUAUUUGAAAACAAAACAAAAAAAUGGCCGAAUUAACAUCAACUAGUGACAGUAAAUAUAAAUUAGGUGAUUUAGUAUGGGCAAAAGUAAAAGGUUUUAAUUAUUGGCCUGCUACAAUCGUACCGGAUGAUCAAGUAAAAAAUAAUCGUAAAAUAAAAAAUUCAUAUUUAGUACGUUUUUUUGGUUCGGAAGAUUUUGGUCGUGUUACUGAAGAUAAUAUUAAACCAUAUGAAGAAUUUCGUGAACAAUUUUCCAGUGGACCAAAAAAAUCUAAAUCAUUUAAAAUGGCUUGUGAAAAGAUUGAAGAACAAUGGUCAAAACAAAAAGGAACAACAACAACAUCAUCAAUUACAAAUGUUACAUCAACAACACCGGAUAAUAGUUCAAAAUUUACAAAUGAAGUUUUUAAAUCGAAAAAAGUAACAACUAUAAAUAGUCCAUCAUCAUUAACACGUGACUAUAGUCGUACACCGUUUAAAAAAGAAAAACGUAAUUUUGAAAAUUCAAAUGAACAAGAAACUACUGUUGUUGUUACUACGGGUAAAAAACCUUCAGCUUCAGCUUCGGCUACUUCGGUUUCAAAUGCCGAAUCAAAACGAAUGAAAACUGCUGCUGCUGCUGUACAAUCAUCAUCAUCACCUGUUCAUGAACAAAAUAUUCCGCUCAAAUCUGAACAACCAAAAAUUACAACAACAAAUAAUGCUUCAAAUAAACAAACAAAUAUUGUUUCCGAAAUGAAAUUGGUAAAUAAAUCGAAUAGAUCGAAACCAUCAAGUUUAAAAUUUGGUUUUAUUGGACUUGGUAAAAUUGGACAAAAUUUAGCAAAAUUAUUGAUUGAUUCUGGACAUGAAUUAACCAUAUGGGAUCGUACACCAAAUAAAUGUAAAGAUUUUGAAAAAUUAGGUGCUAAUACGGUUAAAACACCGGGUGAUGUUGUUCGUGAAUCGGAUAUAACAUUUUCCUGUUUAAAUGAUUCAAAUGCAUCACAAUCAAUAUUUUUCGGUAAUUGUGGUAUAUCGAAUGAAAUUGAUCCAACAAAAGGUUAUGUUGAACUAACAUCAAUGGAUUAUUCAAUUUCAAUUGAAAUUGAUAAUUGGAUUAAAUCAAAAGGUGGUCGAUAUUUGGAAGCACCAUUAUUAUUAUGUUCAUUACCAGAACAAAUUGAACAAGGCAAAAUGAUGGCAUUAGUUGCCGGUAAUCGUUCAUUAUUUGAUGAUUGUAGUUCAUGUUUUGAAUCAUUUAGUUCACAUGUAUAUUUUCUAAGUGAAAAUGUUGGUGUUGCAUCGAAAAUGAAUGUUAUGAUGUCUAUUUAUUAUUCAAAUCAAGUUGCCGCAUUAAUGGAAUGUACAACAUUAGUUGAACGUCUUGGACUAAUUAAUAAAGAUUUUAUCGAUAUUAUAACAAAAUCACCAUUAAAUUCACAAUGGAUUGAAAAUAAUUCAUCAUCAUUAAUCGAUAUGACAUUGAUACGUGAUAUACCAAUGGAUCAUAUACGUAGAGAUUUAGGUUAUUGUUUAAAAGAUGCUAAUCAUCGUUCAUUUCCAACACCAAUGACAUCAACAGUAAAUGAAGUUUUAAAACAAAAAAAAUUACAUUUUUAUUAAACAAAAAGCAACAAAGAAAAAAAAGUAGCAAAAAUGACGACAAGAAUGUUAUUUUGAUUUUUUUUUAAUUUACAA